UGCUAAGAUUGUUGGACCAGAACAAAAAAAUACGGUAUUUUGUACGGUUAAGUAAAAAAGUUAUCUUACGUAUAUCUUUGUAAAGUCACUCAAGUGACAGAAUAUUUAAAACGGUUAAAUUUUUAAGGAGUUUCCACGGUGGGUAAUGCGAAACUUCUGCGAGUUCGCGAAAAUGAGAGAGUGGUUUGAGUUUUACCGCUUUUUCUUAAGUUAAAACUCCUUAAAAGUAGUAAUUUAAAAAAUGCUUGUUGGACCUACUUGUCAGUUGAUGUCGAUAUUUAUCGGCGCAGUGCAGGUAAGUUUCAUGCCAGCGCCCGUGGGGCAGUGUCAAGACUGUUGUCCGAGAAAUGACCGCAUUGACAUCAUAUAUAAGCUUUUUACAAGACCAUUUCUGGGUACAUUCGAAAUCAUCAGAAAUAAUGAUUUGAGGUCAUUGACUCGAACCAGGUUUAAUACCUCUCAUCCAACUAUAAUUUAUCUAUUUGGUUUUUCCGAAGCCUCUACGGGCAUCAGCACGUUAACUUUGAAGAAUGCUUAUUUGAGUACAGGAGAAUACAACUUUGUAAGCGUUGACUGGUCGAGGCUUGUUGCAUUUCCUUGGUACGUAUCAGCCGUGCAAAAUACUCGUUACAUGGGUAAACGACUGGCUGAUUUUAUACAAUUCCUGAAUUCAGCGGGUGUGCCCGCAGGCUCUUUGCAUGUUAUUGGAUUUUCGUUGGGUGCUGAAGCGGCUGGCUUCACAGGCAAGGAACUUAAGAGAAGAGGUUUACUUUUAGGAAGGAUAACAGGUCUAGAUCCAGCAUAUCCGGGAUACAGUUUAUACGACAGUGGAGGUCACCUUAGUAAUGGUGACGCUGCAUUUGUAGACGUCAUACAUACAAACCCUGGCGUAUUUGGCUUCCCGCAGCCAAUUGGUGACGUAGACUUUUACCCUAAUCACGGGGAAUGGAUUCAACCUGGAUGCUGGAUUGAUCAGCUGCUUAGGAAUCGACAAACGAAUUUUGUAUAUGGUUGUAGUCACAAUCGAGCAUGGAGACUGUAUGCCGAAUCAGUACAAAACCCGACUGGAUUUCCAAGUACGGCGUGUCGAGAUUGGAGGAGCACCUCAUCACCUUGUGUCUUCAGUGUUGACGGAUACAUGGGAUUAGGCGCACAACCAUCUUCCAAUGGGAAACUAUACUUGGCAACGAAUGAUCGACCUCCUUUUGCGAGAAAUGGCCAAUAGCAGAGGACAUUGAGAUAUAUUUUUAAAAUAUUGUGUGUUUUAUUUAUUUAUUUAUACUUGAUUGAUUUCAAAGUACAUUAAGGACUUCCAAAGAUGGUACUUACCAAUUAUAUACAUUUAUAGUUGGAGCAUCCCUUAUUUCAACACAAUCUGUUUAGAUCAGUUUCGGGUUUACCUUAAUAAAUAAAUAUCAUAAUAUUGUA